AUGAGUGCACGAACAGACACCGAGGCGGAUGCGACCCAGGCGACCACUGGCAUCACGCCAGACACGCUGAGCACCACAUUGAAGGACAAGCUUGGCGCAUCACAUGUCGACAUACAAGACUUAUCUGGUGGUUGCGGCCAGAUGUUCGAGGCGGUGAUCGUGUCACCGCAAUUCACCAAGAAAACCACGUUGGCACGACAUCGUCUGGUCAACAGCACAUUGAAGGAAGAGAUCGCCACGAUACAUGCUUGGACGCCCAAGUGCUUCACGCCUGAAGAAUGGGAGAAGAAGAAACCGGCUUGA